CGCCUUCUCCUUCCCGCCCCCGCCCGCCAUGGCCGCCCGCGGAGCCGAGCGGAGCGGCAGUGCCGGGCUCUGGCCGCUGCCUGCCAGCGCCCCGUGAGGGGGGACAAGCGGGGCGGUGUGUCCCUGCGCUCAGUCCUGCCCCCCCCCCCCACACACACACCCCCACCCCCUCCUUCCUCCUCCUCCUCCUCCUCUCCGGAGCGGAGAUGUGCGAGACCCGUGCGAGGGGAGUCUCCGCCUAGACCGGCAGCCAGGAUGGUGCACCUGCAGCCCCUGCCCCUCGUCGUGGUCCAGGGCGUCCUCCAGCUCGUAUUUUGUGAUGCUAAUCAAGUUGUACAAGCCACAGACGUGCUGGACUGGGAAGACAAGGAUGCUGCAGAGACAUUGGUUGACAACGUGGUCCACUCCAGGAUCAUCAACCCUUUGCGCCUGUUUGUUAAGCCAUCUCCAGUACUGAAACACGGCCAGGUGUCCUAUGCAGACAGCAUAGAAAACUUUUGGGAUUGGUUGUCCAACAUCACAGAGGUUCAGGAAUCUCUUGCACGAACUAAACGCAGACCUAUUGUGAAAACUGGGAAAUUCAAGAAGAUGUUUGGAUGGGGCGACUUCCACUCGAACAUCAAAACUGUUAAGCUGAACCUCCUGAUCACAGGGAAAAUCGUGGAUCACGGCAAUGGGACCUUCAGUGUUUAUUUCCGACAUAAUUCCACAGGCUUGGGAAACGUUUCUGUAAGCCUGGUGCCACCUUCCAAAGUGGUCGAGUUCGAAUCAUCUCCACAGUCAACCCUGGAGACCAAGGAAUCCAAGUCCUUCAACUGCCGAAUCGAGUACGAAAAAACAGACCGCGCUAAAAAAACUGCCUUGUGCAAUUUCGACCCUUCAAAGAUCUGCUAUCAAGAGCAGACCCAAAGCCAUGUCUCCUGGUUGUGUUCCAAACCAUUUAAAGUUAUCUGCAUUUACAUUGCUUUCUACAGCGUAGAUUACAAACUGGUGCAAAAGGUCUGUCCUGAUUAUAAUUACCAUAGUGAGACUCCGUACUUGUCCUCUGGCUGAUACAACCGUAGAGAUUCAGCAUCAGCCGUAAAAAACAAGCAUUUCCAUUAACCUUUUGGAGGAGAAUCUGUUUUCCUAUCAGGUGCAAAAGUCUAAAAACUGUAGCUGUGUUUGUGCUGUUAUCGUAAAUGAUCAGACUAUUUAUGUAACCAUCAUUUUCAUUUAAGACCAUUACAUUUUAGCACUCUGAUCGUUAAUACGGGGACAACUGCCAGGCAGACAUGACAAAAAUCAAACAAAAUGAUGUCUGUAAUGAACAUGGAUCUUCAAAAUCAGGGUUUUUUUAAACUCAACUUGAUGGCAGAGCUUGCCUUUUGCUUCAGUGGGGCAGCACUUAGCAGGAUCCUAUUUCUCAGUGGGGAUUUUAGAGGACAACAAUAUAAAGGACAGAUGAUGAGGCAGACUCCCAGCUGCUUAUAGGCAAAAUCCAAAUAAACAGCUCUCCCACUAAUUUCACAAAGAAUGUGGCACACACAGGGCUCAAGGAAUCAAGUCCAAAAACUAAGAGAAAGUGCUAUUUCUAGGACAA